AAACAUUCGCAUGCCUCAGUACAAAAUCAGCUCUCGUCACGUACAGAACGAAAAGUGAAUUUACAGUGAAGUCAAAGCGGUUCGUGGUCGUUGUUGUCGUCGUUUGAGAGUAUGUUUUAUGUACGGUGAAUGUGUUAUUACGUUGCCGGUAAAACGAAGCGCAGUUCGUGGUGUAUUAUUAGAAGGAAGUGUGUAACGAAACGAAACGAGUAAUAGACGACGCGUUGAAGCGAGUACCGGAAUCGGAAAUAAAGUGUAGUGUAAAGUGUAUUGUAGGCUUUAAAGAAUCAUCAAAGCAACAACCACCCACCGACAAAAGAGGGUGAGUCCGUGUGCGCGUGUGUAUGUUUCAUUCAGUUGUGGUGCCAAAGGAAGGAAGUGUGGUGAAUUUUGAAAUAUAUCAAAAGCUAUACAAUACACAGGCAACGCAUAGCACCUCGCGUGAUAGUUAACAGUGGCGUGGCGUGUCGUGUAAGUGAUUCGGCAGCCGAUUGCUGCUUGUACUUAGCCGAAAAAUAGUUGGUUAGCUGCUGCCUAGGCUACGGCUACGGCUACUAGGCAAACUGGUCCAUGCGUGCAGAUAAUUAGCAAACGCUUGCACGUUCGCAACGUCAGAAGAACGUCAGCAGCUGACCGUGUUGGACCACUGACACGGCAGCUCCAACGACCCCACUGUGGGUAGUCCAAAACAAAGUCGCUACCAUAGGAAAGUGCUUAGUGUGAACUAAAGAAUUAAAUAAAAAAUAUUGGCAAAUGUUGUUAUUGUUGUGCGUGCGAAGUAAGCGCAUAAAUAGGCGUCAGUUCGCCUGUCAGUUAUUUUUGUGUCGUCUUUUUUGAACCUUCAAUCCGUUCACAUAACGGACAGCUGUUGCGCGUGUUCGUGUGCGGCUCUUGGCUAUUUUGGUAUUCCGCGCCGUCAACGCCUGUUGGCCGUCUGGUCGCGCGGCUAGACCAGCGACACGGUAGACAGUGUGACGCCGAGACCCAGCUAGCGCUUGCAUUGCCUUAACGAAUGUUGUUUUUGAGUUGAGUGUGUGUCGCGGCAGCGGAUAAUUUAUGAAAGACAUACACACGUCCCUAGAUUUGUACAUACUUUAAGUGCGCGAAAGGAAGAGCGUCUCGUGGCGUGUCUCGAAAAAUUAAUCACCCAACAACGCGCGCGUGGGCUACGACUGAUAAGCGACGUGUGUUAAGUCAAUCACAAAAGUGAUAUUUCACAGCGAAACGAAAAGAAGGAGGGCAAAUACGACACGCGCGCUGAUGGAAAAUUCGCACUGAGCUCGCCACCGUCAGUCUGGCUAAAAACUCCCGCAGUACUUAGGCUUCUACAACACGAACACGUCUAUGCAAAUUGGCUGAGGUGCGCGAAUUUUUUGUUGUGGCCUGCAAAUUCAGAUGCGCUAACGCAGAGGUGCGAAUGAAAGCCGGCUCGAGCUCGUGGACAACACAAUUUUUUUGCGUUUCUUUGCAGCGCGCAUUAAGUGCAACGGCUUGUAGUGCAUUCCAGCGUUGGUACUCUUUUCGUGUCACAAUUUUUUUUUGCGCUAUAUUUGCUGCGGUAGACGCCGGUUCCGCACGCCGCAAAACCCCAAUGGGCAAUUAAGGUGCAAACGUGUUGUCAUUUAAUUAAAAAUUAAAAAUUCUACUAGAAUACAAAUUGGCCGGAGGAUCGGUCGGUUGUCUGUACGUACGGGUAGGUCCACAAUUGCAUGCAGCACGUGCUGUGGUUGAAGAGUGGACCCGCGCUCUGUGUUGAAGGCAAAUUGCAAAAAAACGAGAAUAAAUAGAAAAAAUACAAUAAAAACAACACGACAACGUAGCAUAUUGCUAAUAGGAAGUAUUGCAAGUGUUAAUCGGUCGCGUGUGACUUGAAUACGUGAAACGCGCACAGCUCGUACGUUUGCAUGCAACACGACUGAGCAGCUAAAUUGCUAAAAAUUAUAAGCAGAAAACAUUGAGUAAUGUGUACGCGCGCAAACAUGACGAAGACAAAGGCCGCAGCCCCACAUAACUACAACAAAGAUAACAAUAAAGCAUACCAUAGACGCUUCAGCGUCUUACACAACAUGCCAGCUGUCAUCUGCUUGUGCAUUUGUAUGCUCAGCUAUGCGCUGCAACCCAUCAGCAGUGUUGCCGCCGCCGUCUCCUCCUCCUCCUCUUCGGCGCAUUCCGACAGCGACCCUUGCUACUUCGAGGACAAGCCGCGCAAGUGUUUGCCCAGUUUCGUGAAUGCGGCCUACGGUAAUCCCGUGCAGGCGUCCAGUGUUUGUGGCGCGAGUCGGCCGGAGCACUUCUGCGAAAUCAAUCGCGAUGGCACGCUCAGCGAGUGCAAUGUGUGCGACAAUAGCCGUGCCGAAACGCGUUUUCCCGCUAGCGCCUUAACUGAUUUGAAUAAUCCCAACAAUGUGACUUGUUGGCGUUCGGCGAGCGUGCCAGUGCCGGCCGAUGUGGAUACCGCACCACCGGAUAAUGUAACGCUCACGCUGUCGUUGGGCAAGAAAUAUGAAUUGACCUAUGUAACGUUGUCGUUCUGCCCGAAAUCGCCACGUCCCGACUCAUUGGCCAUUUACAAGAGUUCUGAUUACGGUCAGACCUGGCAACCCUUUCAGUUCUACAGUUCACAAUGCCUGAAAUUUUAUGGACGACCGGAUCGCGCUAAAAUCAGCAAGUUCAAUGAGCAGGAAGCACGUUGCAUAGAUUCGCAUCGUGAUGGCAGCACCAACCGGUUCGCAUUCAAUACACUUGAAGGUCGUCCCUCGGCCAAUGACUUGGAUGCAUCGCUUGUACUGCAAGAUUGGGUUACCGCCACCGAUAUACGCGUUGUCUUCCAUCGGCUCGAGCUACCACGUGAGCUGGCAGCGGCGCAGGCAAAGGAUGCCGCCAAACCAGCUGCGAACAGUUUUAGCGAUGAGAUGGGCAGCAGUCAGGAGGACGAAGACGACGAAGAUGAGGAGUAUGACUACAAUCUACAGGGCAACGAUAGCACAUAUGAAGAUGAAGACUAUGCUGCCGAACCCAAAAAGCAUUUGGAGUUGGAUGAUGAUAAUUUAGAUUUAGACUAUCCAAACGAUGGCGGCAUCAGCAUCGUGCCAGAGGUCAAGCGUUACAACAACAAACCAAAACUGACCGCCUAUGAGAAACAUUACCAAGCCAAAACAGCGCUUGCUGCAGCUGCGGUCGCGAGCACCACAAAAGCGGAUACCGCAACAUUGGACAAACAUGCGGUCGGCAGUGAUGGCAAAGUAGCGCCUAAGCCUACCACCAAGGAUCUAUUGUCCAUUUCACAACAUUAUGCCGUCUCGGAUUUUGCAGUUGGUGGGCGCUGCAAGUGCAAUGGACAUGCCUCCGAGUGUGUAGCCACAGUGGGACCGAAUGAUGUGCUACCGCGCAUGUAUAAUGCUGGCGAUGACUUCGAUGGCACUGGUGUUGCGCACACCAAUAGCAACCACAAUAGCAACAACAACAAUAAUAACAAUGCCAAUGUGAAUGUCAAGUUGACAAUGACGUGCGCUUGCAAGCACAACACAGCCGGACCGGAAUGUGAACGUUGUAAGCCAUUCUACUUCGAUCGUCCAUGGGGACGUGCAACGGACACCGACGCCAAUGAAUGCAAAAUCUGCAACUGCAACAACCACGCUCGUCAAUGUCGCUUCAAUAUGGAACUAUUCAAGCUCUCCGGACGUAUCUCUGGCGGAGUUUGUGUAAAUUGUCGGCACUUUACUACUGGACGACACUGUCAUUAUUGCAAGGAAGGCUACUACCGUGAUCCAACUAAGAAACUGAAUCAUCAUCGUGUAUGCAAACCCUGUGAAUGCCAUCCCAUCGGCUCGUCGGGCAAAACUUGCAACAACACGUCUGGGCAAUGCCCCUGCAAGGAUGGUGUGACCGGUCUCACCUGCAAUCGCUGUGCGCGUGGCUAUCAACAGAGCCGUUCACACAUUGCGCCAUGCAUCAAAAUUCCCGCACGCAAAGCGAAUAUGUUGGACACACAGAAUACCGCACCUGAACCAGAUCCACAUGAUACCAAUGCACCUUAUCGCACAGAAGGUGGGAGGGAAUGCGAAAGAUGCAAAAUAAGCACAAAAAGGUUAAACCUCAACAAAUUCUGCAAAAGAGACUACGCAAUAAUGGCGAAAGUGAUUGGCCGCGAAUCGAGUACCGAAGUAACGAGCAGCAGCGAACAAUACACCAAAGAAAAUCAACAAAUGGAUCGCGACGACGAAACGGAGGCCAUGGAGGACAACGCACCCGAAACGGUCAAAUACGACAUACAAAUACAGGCGAUCUUCAAGCGUACCCCGCUCGAGUACGCAACAACGAAUACAAUCCUAAAACGGGGUCCUUUGACCUGGAUCAUACCAAUUAAGAAUCUAGAAUGCCGCUGUCCCAGAAUUAAAAUGAAUCGCUCCUAUCUGAUACUGGGCAGAGAUUCGGAAUCGCCACCGGGCUAUCUUGGCAUCGGUCCGCGUUCCAUUGUGAUCGAGUGGAAGGAUGAAUGGUAUAGACGUAUGAAACGCUUCCAGCGACGUGCGCGAACGUGUCAGUAAAGUGAAUUUGGAAAAAGCACAAAAAUUUUAAAAUUGAAAAACACACACACUUCCACACAAACAUACAUACGUACAUACAUGCGCAUAUUUUAAAUGUAUUUGUAUUUAUAAAAAAAAUAAUGAUAAUUUCAAAUAGGUUUAAGGCAAAACUACUUAAAUGCAUUCAAAGUCGAAUAAGCCGAUUAACACACACACACAUACAUACAAGCAUACACAUAUAUUUGUAUAUACGUACAUAUGUAUGUGCAAGAAAUAUAUACGUAAUCGUAUGCAUCUGAAUGAAAUCGUUAAUUUUCCGCUGUGUAAAAACAAAAAUAUUUUUAUUGUACCUAAAUUAAUCGAAAAGCACAAAAAGUUGCAAUAAUUUAAUGAUUUCUUUAUUUUAUUAUUUUUUAAUUAAUAACGCCCAUAAUUAUUUAUUUAUAAUAUUUUUUUAUAAUUUACUUCAUCACGCACUAACACCGAUAUAGUUUUAAAAUGAAAUAAUAAUAAUAAUUUAAGUAUAAACUUUUUUGAAAAAUAUGAGCUUUUUUCAAACUUUUGUAAAAUAUUGAUAAAAUCAUUUAAACAUUUAAUAUAAAGCAAAAAUUAUACGCUGAAAUAUAUAGAAAGCAUUUUUUAUUUACCAAAGUAUUCGCGAAAAUAAUAUAUAUUAAUUUUUAUAUAUUUAAAAGUUAGAACUUUUUUAGGCUAAAUGAAGAAGCAAUAAAAAUGGCAAAAACUUUGUAAAAAUACUUAAAAAAUAAUUUGAAAAUAUAUACUCUAUUAAAAAUCUUGGCGAAACUUUCUACAACACUACUGCAGAGUUAAGCUUUUGAGAGCUUCUUAAAGCUUAGGAUGUGCGUAUGAAUUAUAUGCAAAAUUCUUUAGAAGAGUAUAAUAUUUUCACUCAUCGUCAAGUAAUAAAUAAUAUAACUAAAAUAAUAAAUACAUUCGAUGUCCUUUAAAGCUUUGUAUAUUUUGCAUGCUGCUUCUGAAAUAUACUUUUCGGAUUUUUUUCCAGCCGAAAUCCAAUUGAAAAUGCAUCAUUUAAAUAUGCCCGAUAAGCUUCAAAUCUUCAAAAAAAUUAUAGCAAUCACCUGAAAGCUUACGCUCUCAAAACAAGUUUUGGGCGCUUCCGCACAAUCCUUAACCUUUUCCAAAAGUUUUCAAAAGUUAAUGAAUGAAGCUUAAAGCAAAUAAUUGCCGAAUUUUGGAAUGAGGGUCAAAAGCUCAUUAAAGCUCCAGAAACAGCUAUGAACUUCCAAUAGACAAUGCUUCUUAAUUAUUUUCACUAAUUUGUCAAAUAGAAAUUGCUGCAUUAAAAGCUUUUCAAACCUCUGAUGUAUUUUUUUAAACUUUUCGAAAGAUACACAUAGCUUUUACGAAAUUUGUUACGCGUUUAUAAAACUUUUGAAGACUAAUGGAACUUUUCGAAAAUACUUGCUCAGCUUGAAAGUUAUCAAACCCUUGCGAAGAUCAAAAGUUUAUUAAAGCUCGAGAAACAACUAAGAAAUUCCGAUAGAUAAAGCUACAAAAUUUUAUCUAAUAUGUAAAACAGUAAACAGUAGUUACUGCAUUAAACGCUUUACAGAGCUUUCAUGAAAUUUUAACCUUUCUAAAAGCUUUUGAAGGUUAAUGGAACUUCUAAAGAGCUUUCGCAUAGUUUCUAAACUUUUCUAAAAGCUUGUAAAAGCUAUAGGAGCUUUUGUAGAGCUUUCCCGAUAUAUUUAAUGCCUAUAUAAAACUUUUAAAAACAAUUGGAACUUUUAGAAAAUGUAUACACAGUAUCAGAGAAAUUAAAAUUCAUGCGGAAAUUAAAAGCUCAUAAAAACGCCGUAAAUAACUAACAAAUGGGAAAGGUUAUGCCACGAAAUUAUUUUCACUAAUAUUCCAAACAUUAAUUGCUACAUUAAUAGCUUUGCAGAGCUUUUAUGUUAAUUUCUUAAGAUUUUGAAAUCUCAUAAAGCUUUUACAGAGCUUUCACGAAACUUUGUAUGCCUUUAUAAAACUUUUGAAAGCUGAUGGGCCUUUCAGAAAAUAUCUACACAGUAACAGAGUAAUCAAAAUUCAGUUAAAGAUCAAAAGCUCAAUAAAGCUUAGUAAGGAACUAACAGCAUACAUAUGAUAUAUGAGAGGUAUUAUUAAUUUCAAUAGUCCAAAAAUUAAUGUAUAUAUUACUUAUUCUCGUCAGGGUCAGAUUUUUUCAUAAAACAACAAAAUUAUCGCUUUGAAAUGCUUUUUUUUUUAUCAAUUCCUAAAGUGAAAUUGAGUUUUUCGCCUAACAUUUAGCCAUUAAAUUUCAUGCCAUACAUUUUGCCAUAACUAUUUACGCAAACUCUACUGUAUUUUAGUCCAUUCACACACUCACACAGAUCCUAUAUAGCAAACAUAGAGAACCAUAAACGUAGUAUUAAAUACAUACUUAUGUGAAGUAAAUAGAACUGGAACAAUAAAUAAUGCGCCAAUAAAUUACCUAAAGUAAAUAAAAAAUCAAAUAAAAUGAAAAUUGACAUAUACACAAACAGAACUAAAUAUUUACAAUACUUGCGUACACAAAUGCAAAAAUAAUAAUAAUUAAAUGGCAACUAAAAUCAAAUGUAUGAAAAAGCAAUAAUGAUUAACACACCGCACAAUAAAAGUAUUAAAUAUUGAAAUUAAUAUUAAUAUAAUGUACUUACAUAGUAUUAGGGUGAACACAAGCUUAAGUUACAAAAAAAACAUUAAAAACUAAAAAAAAAUAUAUUAUUAAUUAAAAAUAUGUUUAGCAAAUAGUUUUAUUAUUAUAAAUAUAUAUAAAUGUGCAUUUAAAAUUACAAAACAAAAAAAAAAAAAAAACAAAAACAAGCAAUAAUAAACACUUAAAAAUGGCACAAUUAUUGGCAAUGAAUGCUAAAUGCUAAAUACCAAUACUAAAAAGCUAAUUCUUUUUAUAAAUGUUAACAAAUAAUUAUUUAUUUAACCGUGUAAGCGACUUAAAGCUAAUAAAACUAUUUAAAAAAUAUAAAAAAAAUUUAAUAUUUUUUCAUUUUUUUUCAUACAAAAAUUAUUUAUUUAACCCAAUAUGGUGAUAUUGGUAACCAGAAGAACCAACUAAUAUUUUUCAUAUUAUUUUUUAAUAUAAUAUUUACUAAAAUAUUUGAAUAUUGAAUGAGUUGCGCAAAUUCACAAAUGUUGAUAAAUAAAAAUGUUAAUGGAAAAUGCUGCAACUGUUGAACUUGCUUCGAAUUUUGGCCACUCUACUUAACCAUUUGCACAAAAAUCAUAUUAUAUAUACGAGAAUAAGUCAGCAAAUGGAUGCAUUAACUUCGAAACUGAAUGUGUAAUGUUUUAAUGUCCACAGCAAAUAAAUAAAACGAAUAAAUAUUAAUGAUGUACAGUUGAA